AUGUACGCGAAAUCCACCAACAAGUUCUUUCCUUUUGUCGUUAUACUUGCAGUUGUGGCAAUCUCCUCUUCAGCGAGUCCGGUCGUCUACUUUGGCGAUUCAAAUGGGGAAAUGGAAGCUUAUCGAUUAAUCCCCUUGGAUUCAGAUGUUGAAAUCGCACCCGAGGUCUCCAAAAGGCGUUUCAGACGGAUCUAUUCAACUCUGGUCAAGUCACCUCGACAGAAGAUCGCACAUAAUGAUUGA